AUGCUCUUUAGGAAGACUCAACCACCUAGCGGCGCUGAAGCUGCGACAGCUCCAAUUCCAGCCUCCGAUGCAGAGGGAAAGAAGGAUCAGAGCCCUACUACCACCUCUGGAGACAUCGAAUACCCUUCUGGACGGAAGCUCGGCUUACUUCUCGCCUCCGUCUUUGUGAGCGCGUUCUUGGUGGCCUUGGACCGCUUGAUCAUCGCAACAGCUAUCCCCCGAAUCACGGACGACUUCCACUCUGUCACCGACAUUGGCUGGUGCGGCUCUGGCUAUUUUCUGACCCAAUGCGCCUCCCAGCUGCUGUUUGGAAAGAUCUAUACCUUCUACAGCGUCAAGGUCACCUUUUUGACCGCCAUCUUCCUCUUUGAGGUCGGGUCGGUUGUGUGCGGUGCGGCCCCGAAUUCAGUCGCUUUCAUCGUCGGGCGAGCCAUCGCGGGUCUGGGAGCGGCUGGGAUCUACACUGGUGCGAUUGUGUCCAUCGUGUAUUCCGUACCACUGCAUAAGCGUCCUGUAUAUCAAGGCAUGUUUGGCGCCGUUUCUGGCAUUGCUUCCGUGGUUGGACCGUUACUGGGAGGGGCCUUUACUACGAACGUCACCUGGAGAUGGUGCUUUUACAUCAAUCUUCCAUUCGGAGGAGUUGCUAUGCUGGCAAUCCUGUUUCUCCUGAACAUCCCCAAGCGAGAGACGACUAAUGCGCCAGCCAAAGCCAAGCUCGCGCAGCUGGAUGUUUUUGGGACCGCUCUGCUUGUGCCGGGAUCCGUAUGCUUGAUAUUGGCGCUUCAGUGGGGCGGCUUGACAUACCCUUGGAAUGACGGUCGCAUGAUUGCUCUGCUUGUCCUCACCGGGGUGCUGUGGUCGGGGUUUGGGCUGGUCCAGAUUUUCUUACCCAAGACUGCCACCAUUCCUCCUAGGAUCUUUCUGCAGCGCAGUAUCCUUGCCGGCGCCUUUUCGUCGCUCUGCAACGGAUCCCAAUUGAUGAUAUUUGCUUACUAUCUGCCCGUCUGGUUCCAGGCGAUCCAAGGCGUAUCGGCGGUACACUCAGGCAUCCACAUACUCCCUCUCAUUCUGUCGAUGGUGGUCUCGUCAUUAUUGGCAGGUGUCCUUGUUCGUCGCGUCGGUUAUUACACCCCUUUUAUGAUCGCCGGCGUCUGCUGUACGAGCGUUGGUGCCGGUCUCCUGACCACCCUGCAAGUUCACACGCCUGAAGGCAAGUGGAUUGGAUACCAGAUUCUCUACGGCUGGGGUAUAGGCUUCUGCUCUCAGGCACCCAACCUUGCCGCGCAAGCUGUGCUGCCAAAACACGACAUCCCUGUCGGCACUUCCCUCAUGUUCUUCUCCCAGCUGCUUGGCGGCGCCAUCUUUAUCUCGGUGGGUCAGAACAUUCUUCAGAGCCAGCUCCUACAACGCCUCUCUGGGCUGCCCGGCUUCACCUCUCAGACAAUCGAGAACGGCGGUGCCACCUCGCUGACCAACCUCCCCACCUCGAUAAAGCCUAUCGUGCUGAAGGCGUAUAACCAGGCGCUGCGACACGUGUUUCUGGUUGGCCUUAUAUUGGCGUGUCUUUGUAUGCUUGGCGCAGUGGCGAUGGAGUGGCAGAGUGUGAAGAAGGGCGUGCCGCAACAGAACAAGGGGGGCGAAGAGGCCGGCACCGCGCAGGUACAGGGAGGAGGCGAGGUAAACGCCCGUGACGACGACCUCGGGGAGAAAGGGGCGGAGACAAGUCAUGGUAGGGCCUAA